AUGCGACUUAUGUUUGGACAGGAGAAAUCUUCGCAGUCUAAAGUUCGAAACAUAGGGACAAUCGAGGCUCUCAUGCUAAUGUCAGAAUGGCACCCUCGAUCCCUCCACUUCCCUCCAGAAAGCGAUGGCUGGGACUUUGAUCUCACGUCGGUUCCCCCGGAGCCGCAAGAGCUAGAGGAUUCUUCUUCUACAAAUCGAUGGCUGGAGGAUAUGAUCGAGCCAGCACGAAGAUCAGACCAGAUGUCAUGGAUGCUACUGGGUUCAGCUUUGUCUCUCGCGCACGAACUGGGUAUUUUCGAGCUUGAUGAGAAGAAGCUGGGUUAUGCGUCUGGUUACGAGGGAUUUAUAUCUGGUGAACAAAUCAAACUCCGCAGGCAACGGGUGCAGCGUUUGUUAUACGUAUACAUCAACCAACUCGCAUGGCGAAUAGGUUGUGUAUCGCUUAUGCCACAAAGCCUAAACCAUGCUAUUCUAGGACGGCGGGCGACAAAAGAGCUAAACCAAACCGGCGAUGAAUGGCUGAUAUUUAUGGAUUCCUGGAUGGAUCUGACGAAAUUGGCAAAAUCGGUCACUGAUAUGUUCUUUCCGACCGUCUCUUUUGCUAGGCAGCAACUGCAUAGUGGGAGGUACAUUGAAUUGCUGGAUCAUUUUCGUCCAAUACUGGACAAAUGGAAGGAAGAACAUCUCCAAGUACGAUCACUCAAGAAACAGUACUUUGAUAUUCUCUUCAUUGAAUAUCAUUUUGUUCGAGUCUAUACGCAUUCCGUCGGAAUGCAAGCAGUGGUAGAACGGGUGCUCGCAGACAGCGAUCCUCACGCGGAAGAGGUCCGCGCACUGAAUAUUGACCCAAUUGACUACGAAUACAUUCAGGAAGUCAUUGAUGGAUGCUGCCAGAUACUACAGAAAGUAAUUCAACUGGCUGAGAACGGGGUAUUACGAUUCUGCCCUGUCCGGAUAUUCCUUCGCAUCACGAGCUCGUCCAUCUUUCUCAUGAAGGCUCUUAGUUUGGGAACACGCCAAUCGACGCUGCGAGAGUCACUGGAUGUUCUCGAGCGAAGUAUACAAGCGCUAAGGUCGAACGCCUUGGAUGAUAUUCAUUUGAGCACUCGCUAUGCUGCGCUGUUGGACAUGCAUGUCGCGCGUUUGCGGAGGAACCUACUGGCAUCAUCAAAGACUGUCAAGUGUAACCAGGGAACAACCUCGAGACCCUCCAUGGGUGUCCCAUCGAGCACAGAUCAGGGUAACAACACCCCUAUGAUGGAUAUUCCAAUAUCACAAAAUAUGUCUGAUAUGGGGUACAUCCCGUCCCUCAAUGACAUCGCAGCUGACGAUUGGCUUUCUUUACCAUUUGACCCAUCAAUGGCACCAUUUGGCAUCAGUAGUGCAGGACAAUUUCCUGCAUAUGAAGGAGGAGCUCUGAACUUUAUUUGGAAUUUGCCGUCUUGA